AUGUCCUCAUCAGCAUAUGCUCGGAAUGAGCAAUCUCUAUUGGUUGAGGAGCAGUCGGGCUGGUGGCCAUCAGAACGAACUGCCAAAGCUCGAUUGAGAGCUUUCUUUUCUCGCACCAAGUCAGAUAAUAAGAUACCAAAGUAUCAUACUACACCUGAUCACGAUCAAGCAGAUACCCAGCCUAUGCUGGCUUCCAUUGCUUGUUCAUCUGGCAAGAACGGCUCUACGACGAGGGAUCGUAGCACGACAUGGUCAGCCCGACACCUUCGCCCUUCUCAACGCGGCCUCAAGCAGACUCGACCACGGACUCUGGCUUUGGAUCCUCCACCAUUGAUUCAGGCUUACACUCAGGCGAAGCUGCAUGACAUCCUAGACGUGCCGUCCAGCCUGACUGAUGUCUUGGUACGGAAUACGCGCGGUCGAAGAAACAGCAUCUCUGGAGAGUCCCCUACAAGAUGCAACCUCGAGACCAGCUUCUCAUCGACACUUGACAUUCAGGAUUCUGGUAAGCACAGACGGAAUUGGUCCGGUGCCAGUUCUUUCACCAAGAAGGUUUUCGUGCUGUCCAGUUCAGGAUACGUCCUCCAGUACAGCGCAGAAGGUCUCAAUGACCGUAUUCCAGAACAGAUUCUGGAAUUAGGUUCGCGCUCGGUAGCCUUUGCCAGCGAUGCCGUUCCAGGUAAACAUUGGGUUCUACGAAUCUCCCAGGAUCACACAGGUGGGCGGACAACCUCGCAUGCUCCAAAGAGUUCUUGGUCGAAGCUGUCGUUCCGUCACAAUGAGAACAAACGGCUGGUUCAAGACCUGCUCUUGGUCUUCGACAGCGCCCUUACCCUCGGAAUAUGGCUUACUGCCAUCCGCAGAGAGAUUGAGCUCAUGGGAGGCCUCGAAUAUCGACCUGAUUCAAGGGAUGAUGAAGCCAAGCAUCAAAGCCGUCCUGUAUUAAAGGCGCAGAAAAGCCUCCCCAACAUCCCACGGGCCUCUUUAUUCUUCCCAGCGGAAAGCUUGCCAAAGUAUAGCCAGCCCUCAUCUCCAAAGCCCCUUCCACCCAUGCCACAGUGGGCUCCUACCAUCAGGAAUGUCUCCACCUCUACCACAGAUUCUUCCAUCCACACUCUGAACGAACUUGAUGACCUCAGAGAUUCUUCCUUCUCAGAUGACCAGUCGACUUAUACGGCCACAACUAGUGUCGCAGGAUCAGUGGCUUCCAGAUCUCCUGCCUUCGAAUCUUUCUUCGCGAACGAUAUGAGCUACCGUGAGCCGCUGACUCCAGCGAGCACGGCAUCCCGCUUGUCGACUCCCACUCAAGCUGAUAUUGGCGAACUCUCCAUGUAUAUGGAAACCCCUCGUAAGAGUGGAAAUGCCGAAUCAUUGGUCCCAGAACGGCUACGUAGGCAUGGGCGACCAGAUGCUGCUCAAUGCCCAAACACGCCAGCAGGCGGUAAGGGUGUUGUUGACCAUGCCCUGUUUGUUCAGCCAAGCCCAUAUUCAACGAUGCAGACGAGGCCAAUCUCUACCAUCGCACCUUUACCAGCACCCGGCCACCUCAGAAAGAGUUCACGACGGCAGAAACAUGAGUCUCAACCGGUAUAUGCCCAACCGAAUACACCAGCCUCUUCGAGACCAUCGAGCAUUCGGAGCAGAAGCUCUUCCAAUGUGACUCUCGGUUCACCCACAGAUGCUCAUUUCAACAAGACCGCAUCAUACAGCUUGUUUCCACCGCGAAGGGAUUCCUCUGUAGGAUUUGGGUCAGUUGCGGCAGCUGCAAAUGUCUCAUUGCCCCUCAACAUCAGACCUGCAACUGGAGUCGAGGAGAGCAAUAGCCCCGCUAGUACAAGAGGCUCCUCGGUUGAUUUCGGCGAUGAUGGUAGAUCAUCGACCUCGGAGGACACAGCGUUGCAUCUGAGGGAAAGGUCCAUGUCGACUGCACGAUCGAAAGGUCUUCUGCUAAACACGAAUUCAGCUGACGUUGCGAGCGGAGCUCAGAGGGUGUCACAGAGAUCGCCCAUUGUUACGGAGCGACACCUCCAAACAUGCUUUGGCACUGCUCCGAAUCAGAACGGACCAAAACGGGCGCGAGCACCUUCGCAGGCGGCUGCCGAGUCUUGUAUUGAAACGACUCUUUUGGAAAUGCCCGCACUGAUCUCCAAGACCCCCAGCAAGGUGAGGUUGAGCAAUCCACCGCGCCGACAGAAGCAUCUGAAAGGCCAAAAGAGCAUGCCGACCCUAGCAUGUGGCACAAUGCCGCCAUCGGGACCGCCUCCUACUGGGCCUUUGCCUGAUCUGCCUUGUGAAGCCUUCUCACCCGGCAAGAAGAGGUCCCCCAAGGCGAACAGCACCGGCUCUACCUCCACAUCUGCAUAUUCCUCCACCGUCAGCCUACAAUCCAGACAUGCGCACGCCGAAUCAUCCCCUUCUUCACUGUCGACCACCAAAAUCGCCUCCCGCAGCCUAGCGUCGCCCACGGCGGCUCCUCUGGACAAUAAUACACACGCCAAGACCUCAUCGGUCUCCUCGGUCGACUCCGUGCGUGAUGUAACCGCAUGGCUCUCGUCUCCCAGGAUCGCGGCAUUUACCGCCAAAUACGGCACGAACACGGCGCCUAAGCUGGACGUCGCGCUCCCUGAUACCUCGAGCUUCAGCUCCAGCUUUUCGGAGCUGAUGCCAUGA